UCAGGAUCCAAUCCUGCCAUCACGGCCUACAAGGUCUAUCACCUCUCCUCAGUCAAACUAGAUCGAGAAGCACGUCGUCAAACCCCGGAUCUAGCAAGACUAGUCGCUCACGCCACCAUAAUUGAUAAUGUGCGCCGAUGGAGCCGCACAACUGCCGUGCCAACGGAAGCAGUUGUCAUUGAAUCCGACCCCUUCGAAGACUCUGCUUCAGAUGAGGACCUUGACUCUGAUUGCGACGUAGGCGAAGUUGCUGUCUUUGAGUUCGACAAGGAUGAAUCCAAUGAAUGGUCUGGCCACAGCCAAGAUACAACGAAGACUUACGAAAUCACGAGCACGAUGGUUGUAGAGAACGAGCCCGAGCCAACAUCGGUCCCAGCACCAAGGAGACGACCUCCUCCACCUCCAACAUCAAGCUCUACUUACGACAUCAAGAAUCAAAGCUGGAGACACAAUCGCCCUGUGACGGUCAGAGAGACGGCCGUGGAGGUGGAUAGCGAUGACUGA